GGUCUAGAGAUCGCCAACCCAGCUGUCACGUCCACGGUCGCCAAGCUGCGACCGAAAAGUAAUCUAUCGACCGAACGAACCGAUUCGUACCGAUUCUCAAUGGCAAACCUGGAGGAAACACACGAAGCCGAGCUCGAUGCCAUACUAGGCGAGUUGAGCCUUCUGGAGCAACGGGGAGAAUUGCGUCACGGCCGAACCCACAGUCGGACCAAUUCGACCAUUUCAGCAGCCACAAAUGCCACAAUUUCGUCGGAAAGUGGCUGCAGUAGUGUCCCGGACAGCACUGCCAGUAUAAGUUCCCUGCGAGAGCCGCGAACCGACAGUCCAGACAAUGAUUCGGCAUUCAGUGACACCGUUUCGCUCAUGUCCAGCGAGUCUUCAGCGUCCAGCAGUGUCAGUUCACACUUGAAAAAUCUCCAGCAAAAUGUCGCGAAUGCCGUCGAGUCCGGCAAACAGGCCAAAAUUCACCUGGCACUGCAGAAACUGGAGCAAGCCACCGUGAGGCGGCUGUUUGUGAAGGCUUUUUCUGCCGACGGUGCAUCCAAAUCCUUGCUGGUUGAUGAAACGAUGACCUGCGGGCACGUCACACGGCUGCUUGCCGACAAAAACCACGUCCAGAUGGAGCCCAUUUGGGCCAUUGUGGAACACCUGCCUGAACACCAGAUGGAGCGGCUGUUCGAAGAUCACGAACUUCUGGUUGACAAUCUGAUGCUGUGGAGUAGGGAUUCCAAGAAUCGUGUUAUGUUCCUUAAACGACCGGACAAGACGUCACUCUUCAAGACACCGGAACUGUUCCUGCCCGGAACGCAGAUGGCUCCGGGAAGCGAUCACGACGAGCAUACCAGGGCGAUGCUUCUGGAUGAGUUCUUCUUUGGGAACAAUCAGAUCCCGCUAGAGGGCCCCCUAUAUCUGAAAAGCGAUUCGAAGAAAGGCUGGAAGAAGUAUCACUUCGUACUGCGUGCAUCGGGCCUUCACUACUACCCGAAAGAGCAGAAAACGCGCUCGGUAAAGGAUCUCCUAUGCUUGGCUCUGUUUGCCGGACACGAGGUCUACCGAGGUGUUGGUUGGAAGAAGAAGCACAAAUCUCCGACGGAUUUCACCUUUGCGCUGCGGUGUCCCAAGGUUCCUCCCGGUGCCAAGGGUAUCCGGUCGGUGAAGAUGCUGUGCGCUGAGGAUGCAGCCACGUUGGAAACCUGGGUGACGGCCAUUCGAGUGACAAAGUACGGAAAGAAGUUGCUGGACAAUCACCGAUCGCUGACGGAAGAUCUCGCUCGCGAGGAACUGGAUAAGCUAUCAUCGGCUCGUAGUGGUUCCAUGGGUAGCAUUGUAUCGUCCGUUCCGUCGCAGUGCAGCGGUAGUAGCAGUAACAGCAGCGGAAGCGGUUCGAACCAUCUAGUUCCUGCGCACAACAACGGUCGGCUGUCUCGUGCAUCGAGUUCAAGUUCAAGCGGUUGCCUAUCCGACGAGAAUAACGGAUUCGAUUCGGAGUUUCCUACCGGAACGAUCAAGCGGAAACCCUCGAUGAAGCCAAAUUUACCGUUGACAUCUAUGACGAGACAGUUGAAAGAAGUUGGAGAAACUACACGGUUGAAUGAUUCCUCACCGACCUCGCCAGAGCGAGGUGGAACCUUAACGCGUCGUCACAGCCGAAGAAGAAGCGAAGAAAGCAACAAUAGUGGAACUCUCAAACGACGACCAAUGAACAAUCGAGGAUCGAUAGAAAGCAUGAGCUCAUCGGCUUCGACUCCGACACCAACUCCGACCAAUAGUGUACCCGGAACUCCGGUCAUCCAACAACAGAUGCCAACAUUAGUUAUUAGUAGCAAUUUAGUGAAAAAUAGUUUGAGCAUUCUUCAGCAGGAGAAUGUAAGUCCUCCGACGCCAACGAAAACGAUCACUCCAUUGGAAGCGAUGCCUUCCUGUAUGUCAGACUCCACAUUUUCGCUGCCUCCGCCGCCGGAUGAUCUCGGUACAAAUUUCUCAGGUUCUACGUUAUCGCUAGAUUCGCUACCCCCGCCACCACCACCAAACGAGUUAGACAAUAGUUUUAGUGGAUCUCAGUUAUCGUUAGUUAGUGUCCAAAUGCCGCCACCGCCGCCGCCAAAUGUAGUAACUGCACAGCCAACGGUAGAGGACAUCAACAUGAUUUAUCAUCAACCAGCAGUUAUAAUACCUCCUGCAACAAUUGGCACAGCAUCCUCGACUUCUACACCACAGAGCAUAACUCCAACAAACGAGAAUCUCGAAGUUACUAGUAGUAUUAAGCAAUCAAUCAUGAUGUUCAAUAGUCAGACGUUGCCCGCUCCGGUAACCAGUAACGGCAACAGUAAUGUCAAGGUCGAACCGAUAUACUCAAAGACUUUGAAACCAUCCGCUCUGAAGGCUCCUCCAUAUAAAGCUCCUCCACCGUAUAACGGCGAUGUUGCAACGGCACAAACUCCUCCUCCUCCACCAGCCAAAAGUGUGUCGUUCGCCGAAUCGCCAGUGCUUCUGAGGCGAAAGGUGUGCUUCGAAGACGAAAUUCAGGAACAACCGAUAUCUCCGCGUAGAACAUCGCGCGACAUAUAUUCAACUCCUCCGGCACCUCCGCCUCGCGCUGAAGCGACUCGUCUAUCGACUUCGUACACAUCUCCAAAGCGUUUGAGUGAUUCGGCAUCAAAUCCUCCAAGGGACUUCCUCAAAGACUUACAAAGGGUUAUGAACAAGAAAUGGCAGAUUGCUCAAAAAUGUAAACUGGAACCGGCUACAACUCCCCACGAGGUGCUCGGCUUCCGGGAUCUGCCGGCGGAACAAUAUUCGUCGCAUUAUUACAGGGAAUCGGCUAACGUGAGCCACUGGGUGCAGGAACACUACGGUUCCGAUUGCAUGUAUGAAAAUCUGGGUAGUAACAUGGGCGUCGAGCCGGCUUACCCAAUUUCGGCUCCAGUGGUCGCUGGAACAGGGCCAAUCAAAAAGAGGCCUCCACCGCCACCACCGAAGCGAAGCGAAAAGACACAGCUCACAACCGCGGUACCCCAUCAGAGGUUAUAAGAUUGGGCCUUUCUCGGAUUCUCCAACUGUCUGGUGACGGUUAGGAGGACCGUCCGUUGUGAACGAAUUACCAAUGGGUCUUCAUGCAAUGUUAGUGAAGUGUAAAUAGGUGACACAUAGUAGUUGAAGGUAGAAAGGAUGUUCCAAUCCAAAAUACGAUUUGUCUUAAAAGAAAAGCAGAGAAGAAAGAGACUGGGAUUAGUCACUAUAUGACUUCUUGGGAGAUAGUCAAAAAGCGAAAGUAAUUACGUAUAAUCGCCGCCAUACACGCGUAAUAGACAUAUGCCGGGCAUGAUAUUUGCCAAAACUCAAUGCGAAGAGAGUUUGUAAUUGUGAUGAGUUACAUGGACCGUGACAUAAUUUAUUAUUCAAAGUAAUGCAAAUAUUAGAAUAAAGUACUCUAGAUUCAAUAUAUUUUACACAAAUGUCUCUCACAAAAUACACCCAUACAUUAUUAUACGUCUGCUUAUCUUAACCGGUUAUAUCGAUGAUUUAGUGCAGUUUUCUCUGUUUAAUUUACUAAUUUCGGACUAGGUAAUAUAAUAAGAACACAUCUCAAUCACCGUUCAAUCGAAACACUAACUUGAAUCGAGAAUUCUUCAAAGAAAAACUAGACAUAAAUUUUGGCUACAUGUGUACAUUAUCUGUUUUAUUUUUUGUUCAAAGUUUCGUGGAGCUUAGUUUUCAUAAAAUGUCUGUAAAAUAUAUUAUUGAUUUGACGAAAAAACUAUUUUAUACAAGUUAAUGUGCCAUAGGCUGAAUUUGUGAACAAAUCUAUCGUAAACAUAGAUAUUUAUUGUUGUACUAUUUGGGGUAGAUUGUAAUCCGAGUUUUGUUCUAUUCCUCUCAAUAUAGAUCGGUUAGUUCAAACCUAUAUUCGAUUUGGCAUUCUAAUACUAAACGAACUCAUUUGUUAAGUGUUUUUAGGUUUGAGAAUGGUACGCUGAACCACAUCACCACGAAUCUAGCUGAGAAUCAUCCAUUUUACAACACAGCUAGUUAAUAACGACCGUGGAUCAAGAUAUAUGCACUGGAAAAGGUAGUUUAUAUGACAUAGGAUUUAUCUGGAAAACAAUAAAACUAUACGCGAUGAAGUUUUUACAUCAAAUAUUAUACACUUGCAAUUUUGGAAUAAACGGUUUUGUACUGUCCACGUAUUGGACUUUAAAAUAUACAGAAAAUAUUAAUAAACAUUGGUGCUUUCAAAAAGAUUAAAGGAAAAUAACAUAAAAGAACAAUAGAAUACAAUAUGAAACCUAGCGAACAAACAUCAACUUAAAGGAGCCAACCGCUAAAUGUUGCUUAUACUGUGGAGUAAGGACAAAAGUAACUAUUCAUAAGCAUCGGAUACUCUCAGCUAAAAACGGAAACAAAUGCCAAUGCGUAAAACUGAACUUCCUUCGUCAACUUUUAAUCGGAUUAUUCUAGAGCAGAGCGAUUUAAGCCGCUUUUUUAACUCUACACACGCUACACAACUGAAUACACUAUACUAGCUGGUACCAUUUAGGAGAGCCACAAGCAAAAGAACAAAAAUAUGAAUCAAAUGCAUGCCGUCUCGACUAUUUUAAUUUUCAAUUCACUGUCAAAUGAUGCCACACUGAGAUAUAUAUCACAGACACAGAGAGGAAAAGAGAUCGCCAAUAUACUAGAACACUAGAAGAGAAUAAUGGAAUCUAACACUGGAUGACGAUGUAGUGAGGGGAAAACGGGAAAGAUUUACUGCAAGAGCGAGAGCGAGCGAGUUAUGAUGAGAAUUCAAUUUUUAUGAAUUUAUCAUUGAAACUAAUCUAUAUUCGUAAACGAUAUUUCGCAAUCCUAUCUCUAUUGUAAACACACACACACACACACACGAAAGCGGAACGAUUCAAAGUACGUCAAAUAAAUAUGGAAAAUCGAAAAUUAG